UAACGAGAGAAAUUGAGUCUUUCAGGCCCGUCAGUAAGUCGAUGGUAAUUAGCAUGACCAACAGAUAAUUCCUUUUGUUGAAUGGAAACAGCUAAUUGAACGUCCAGUUUCAAAAAGCUGCUGAGCAUUUAGCCUGUUUUUUUUUAUUAUAAAUCUGAGGUCAAGUCUCCUGAGCUUUUUGUCUUCAAGUCUCAAGUCAUCAAGCAAAGGAGUGCAAAUUUGGUUAUAAGUCCUUUGUACAACUGAAGUCUGACAGGAGUCAAGACCUGGUUUUGGAAUGAGAGGUUUUGGCUGCCACACAACGUAACCUGGGCGGAUCUGGCAGACCCAGCUCCCGGGGUGGAGUACCCCAAAGCUGGACACUUGUUUGCUGCCUUGCCGCUGGCUUUGGGGAUUUUUGCCGUAAGGAUUCUCUUCGAAAGCAGCCCUUAACAGAUGCGUGCAUGCAUGCGUGCUAGGGAGUACUGUCCUGCCAGCCUGCUGCUUCUGUGAAACUGCCACAUCUUCUUGUCACAUAUAUGAUCAAGACUUAUUGCCAGUCCUUGUGCCCAGAGUCUCAACAUUCAUCUAGGUGGUGGACGAAGAGCUCAGCCCAAUGCAGUGCUGGAGAAAGUGUUUACAUCCAUCACAAAGAAUCCAGACUCUCGCCAUCUGGAUGGCCUGUCCAAGCAGCUGGACUGGGAGGCCUGAGCACACAAAGGUUGUGUUUUCUGUCCAGGUGGAGGUUUACAUUUUAUUUGUGCAUAUUUAUCUAUGGGUUCCAGUUUCUGUGGCAGACACCUUGGAUGUGGGAUACACGGCAUUGCUGGUACGGCUACCCCUAUCAGGUCAUGACCCCGGGUCUUUACCGCUACUAUGUGACGGAACUGGCCUUCUACUGGUCGCUAAUGUUCUCCCAGUUCACCGACAUUAAAAGAAAGGACUUCCUGAUCAUGUUCGUUCAUCACCUGGCUACAGUUAGCCUGAUCAGCUUUUCCUACGUCAACAACAUGGCGCGAGUGGGGAGCCUUGUGAUGUGCGUCCACGAUGCCUCUGACUUCUUGCUAGAGGCAGCCAAGCAGGCCAACUACGCCAAGUACCAGCGGUUGUGUGACUUCCUCUUCAUUGUGUUUAGUGUGGCAUUUUUCAUCACACGACUUGUUAUAUUUCCAAUAUGGGUCCUGAACUCCACUAUGUUUGAGAGCUGGGCCAUAGUCGGGCCGUACCCAUCCUGGUGGCUCUUCAACACCUUAUUGCUGGUCCUCCAAGUGCUGCAUAUCAUCUGGUUCUACCUCAUAGGCCGUAUAGCUGUCAAAGCCAUGCUGCGGGGCAAGGUGUGCAACGAUGUCCGCAGUGACAUUGAGAGCAGCUCGGGUGAAGAAGAACCCGACACGCCCCCAGAAGGCCUCAAGGCUUCUCAUAUUCCCAAGGCAGAAAACGGCACUAAUGGCCACUGUGUUGCUACCAAAGCUCGAGUGCAGAACCACAACAGCUUGUGACAUGUAGCCUGAAGCUGGGAGCCCCCUGCAGUUCGUCCCUCACUUCUACAAGAGCUUUGUUUGUCUUACGACAUGCCCCUGACGUCCAAGGCUCACACCCACACACAUACACACCCACCCAGUCUACCAUUACACAGACGGUGGGUGCGCACAGAUUCAUGCGUGGUUGCACUGAUGGUGGAUAUACAGACACUGACAUCUGCUUUGAAGAGCCCUGUAACGACAUGUAGGACACCACUCAAGCGGUGACACGUAAAAGCUGGAUUGAUUGUGGAAAUCAGUUGAAGCAAGCAAUUUGCAUAGCCUUGUUUUUCAAAUGACGAGAUUCACUUUGUGCUGAGUGUGGCUGCUGAUGUUGAUUGGUUUCAAUGUUCUCUCCCAGUUUUAUUGGCCAGAUGAACUUGAUUCUUUUUGUCUUAAGGAUUAAUUCACACUGGAUCACAAACAGCUGCUACACUACUUUUCAAACUUUGAAGUUCAAUCAGUGAUGUGACAGGUGUUAUACAUUAUAUUUAACUUAUAGCUGUGGUUUUAUCAGCUCUUAAGAAGAGCCCCUGCUCUGUGUGUCUCACCAGAAGUACAACACACCUGAAAGUUUUAAUACCAGCAGUCUCUGCCUUUUGCGAUUGUUGUGGAUUUACCUUUUAACCAUGUUGUUUGACUUGUUUAUUUCUGUCUUUUUUUUUUUUUUUACUACAUCCAAGACCAAAUGUUUAUUAAAUAGUUUUAUGACACUGCCUAUAGAAGAAUCCAGGUAUGAGGACUAUACUAAAUGUCUGGUAGUGAGUUCUCAUUUGAGUGCCUUGUAAAACAAAAUGUAUUUCUAAAUAUAUUCUGUUGUUGAAAACA